UUUACCGCAGAUACGAACUACUAUCCACCGAAUGACGUCAUGGAUCUUCUCGUGACGAGUAUCGACAAGGUAGCGAAAACAGUAACGUUGGAGUGGACGGCUCCCGGUGCAGAUCUCGACGUUGGAAACGCAUCCAGGUACGACAUCAUCACGAGUGAAAACUUCACAGCGUUGACGCUCGACCCUGAAUCGCAGACUCUGGUUAACAAAUCCGAGGUUAUAGAGGGAAACCCGAACGCUCCUCUACCAUCUGGAUCGCUGGAGCAUUACAUUGUCAAGAUUCUAAUGAAAGACGAUUCUUCUGCGUCGACGACCGUAUGGAUAACCUUGAGAGCUCACGACGACAGGGGCGGCGUCAGCGGCAUUUCGAACCUCGUAUCGGCGACCUUCAAAGAUUUUCCGGAGGAGGAUGAGACGAAGUUGGGAAUGAUAUUGGGCAUCACGUUCGGUGUCCUCGCCGCGCUGAUCAUCGCUGCAAUCGUCAUCUACUGCUUGUGCAAGAGCUCUGGGACGUCGCAGGAGGUCACUACCACCUCGCAGAAGAAGCAGGCUGAUGAAGAGAGUCCUGCAUACGACAACUCAAGCUACAAACUAUAGUCAGUAGAAGACACCGCGGAUGAAGGAUAUGACCAGCCAGAAAAGCUGGAGGGUCGAACGAUUCGUCUUUCCUUUUCUCUUUUGUUAUGUGUAUUCAACUAAACGAGUAUAUUAAAUCCAAUCGAAUAAUUUACAAGUUCACGUUACUUAGUCACGUUACGUUUUAAAUAGAUGAGUGAACAUGGUGUGUAUAUUCUGAAAAGGCAAGUAGCAACCGGUUACUAGUGUAAUCGCGUGAGUUAACCAGACAGGCAGGGACAAACGUAACUGGCUGUAAAGCGGAUUAAAAUAUGAGGAUCGUUUUCAUUGAAACAAAAAACCGUCCAUUUCUACCGGUAGAUGUCGCCUAGAUACGAGUAUUUUUCACGCACUACAAUCGAAAGCUAUAAACUAGAAGAGGAAAAGAUAGCUGAACGACGCUUUACACGUAACAUUUAAUUUUUUUUUAAAUCGCCAUUUUAAAAAAGCACUCCACAGCAGGAGCUAAAACCAGCUGGCGAUUUUUACCGUUGUGUGCUUAUGUCUAGCUAACGAACGAAAUCAGGGACGGUACUGGUGGCAAUAAGCGUGCCUGAGAAGCCAGCAGUAUUAUAUAGGAAAUAAACUGUCGAUCGAGGUACCAGGUGUGAUGAAUGCAGCGUAGUUAUUUAUGGCUCGAAACUAAAUGAUCCG